AGCCCAUUUUACCAGCCCACGUUUUUCUCGAGAAAAGAUUCCGCUCGCCGCUGCCGCCGCUUACCCUAGCACUCGCCGCCGCCGCCGCUGCUGAUCGCCAUGAUCCACCACCUCCGAACUAGCGUCCUUUCCCCCCUCCUCGGUUCGCCAUCCCAUCUCCCCGCCUGCCACCACGUUCCCCUCCACCGCCUCUUGUCCACCACCGUCGCAUCCAUCCCCCCCAGACCCUUCUCCGUCGACGAUUACCUCGUCGCCAACUGCGGCCUUACCCGAGCACAAGCCCUCAAGGCCUCCAGAUUGCUCUCCAACAUCAAGUCUCCCUCCAAGCCUGAGGCGACGCUGUCCUUCCUCUCGGGCCUCGGCGUCCCCCACUCCGACAUCGCCGCCGCCGUGGCCGCCGACCCACGGCUCCUGUUCGCCAGCGUGAGGAGAGUCCUUGCUCCCCGCUUCACCGAGCUUAGCGAACUCGGCCUCUCGCCUUCGCAGAUCGUGCACAUUCUCUCGAUCCGCCGCACGGGCUCUCUCCGCGGCAACCUCCAAUUCUGGCUCCAAAUCUUCGGCUCCUACGAUAACCUGCUCCCGCUCGCCAAGUCAAAUAGCGAUCUCCUCAGCGUCAGCCUCGAGAAGGUGGUCAAGCCAAACCUGACCAUCCUUAAGGAAUGUGGGAUAAGUGCUUGCGAUAUUGCCGAUUUAACCUUGUACUCCUCUCGGCUGAUCACCGUGAACCCCAAGUUUCUCCUGGGCGCCGUGGCGCGAGUGGAGGAGUUAGGCGUGGACCGGGGCUCAAGGAUUUUCCGCCGUGCACUCGCUACACUUGCCUUCAUGAGCAAGGAGAACGUCACCAUGAAAAUACGUCUGUUACACAAGCUUGGGUUUUCACGGGAUGAUAUUUUGAUGAUUGCAAAGAAGGCGCCGCAAGCCCUGGCUUCAUCCGAUGGAAAGAUUCGGCAAAAUAUGGAGUUCUUAAUGAAGGAUGUCUCUCUGGAGGCACGGUACAUUGCUCGAAGGCCAGUGCUGAUCAUGUAUAGCCUUGAGAAGCGGUUGAUGCCCCGGCACUGCCUGCUCAAGGUUCUCAGGCAGAAAGGAUUACUGAAUGUGGAGUUGGACUACUAUGCCACAGCAUCAAUGGCUGAGAAGAAGUUUGUGCAGAAAUUUGUGGAUCCUUACAAGGAAACCAUCCCAGGCCUCGCUGAUGAUUAUGCCUCUGCGUGUCUUGGGAAAAAGUGCCAAAUGGAGAUGCUUAGCCAGAAGACUGAAAAGUAAGCUUGUUCCGGGGAUGUAAAGAAGACUGUUGGACAACAAAGGAAAGCGUUGAGGUCUAUGUUUUGUAUUAAGUUUCAAGAUCCCAGUUGGCAACAGUAUUUAGUGGAAUCUCGGACAUUGAAGACGGAAGGGCAGAAAUACAUCGAAAGGUAUAUUUGGGCAUGUGCCACUCCAUGGUGUGCUUUAUUUCCAAGUGUACGUACAUUGGUGCCUGUUCAACAUAAGCUUAUCUGGAACUUGAAACUGUUGUUGAAGUGUUGAGCAUGAAGAUUCUCUUACAAUUGCUGAUCAAGAAUAUGAUUCUGAUGAAGAACCUGAUGGAAAAAAAGGUUUGGUAGGACAUAAGUCAGUGGGGCAAUUUUUGUUUUUCGUUCCACAGAAUGGACCCUCAAGAGUUGGCAAUUGACUGGAAUAAUUGUUUUUAUCUAAAAACAGGGGCAAACUAAUCCUGUUUGAUAGCGCGACUAUCUGCUGACUGUUGUACAGUAGAAGCGUGAGUAGUAUGCAGAAGCGAGGAGUCUCUGAUUUGCAGCUGUUCUCGGAGCGAUGCUUGGACAACUUGUAGCAUGAACGCCUGCCUGUUCCAAAAAUUAGUAAUUGUUGCGAAGUUU